AAGUUAGUCGUUCAAACUCAAGCACUGAAGUAACAUUUUUUUUGUAUUGUUUUUUUUUUUUUAAUCUCGUCGCGAUUAUAUUCACGUCUUAAUGCAAAUUGUUGACGACUGUUCGUCUGGUCGAACAGCUGAACGCGACGGAACAAUAAUGUCUUAUACAAGUGAAUUGUCACAAUCAAAGGAAUAUCACAGCUUUCGUAGUUCUGUUCCAUUGCGAAAAAUAGUCGUUGACACUGACGGGACGAAGGGAUGGAAGGUUUAUGAUUCCAACCCCAAAACAAUAAAAUGUCCACUCAUUUGUCUUCCUCCUGCCAGUGGCACGUCCGAUAUAUUUUUCAAACAGAUUCUAGGCCUGGCGGCCAAAGGUUAUCGGGUUAUAUCGGCUGAACCUCCGGUGUACUGGAAUGUGAAAGAAUGGUGCGACGGUUUCAAAAAGCUGUUGGAUUAUAUGGAGCUGGACAAAGUUCAUUUGUUUGGAGCAUCAUUGGGCGGCUUUUUAGCUCAGAAAUUUACUGAACUUAAUUCCCACUGUCCAAGAGUAGUCUCGUUGAUUCUAUGCAACAGUUUCACAGACACUUCCGUGUUCAGCUAUAACGAUUCAGCUGCUAUAUUCUGGAUUCUGCCAUCUCUUGUUUUGAAAAAAAUGGUCAUGGGGAAUUUCACGACAAAUAAAGGUGAUCCUGAAAUCAUCGAUAGCAUUGACUUCAUGGUAGAAAGGCUGGAAAGUUUGAAUCAACCGGAAUUGGCAUCCCGUUUGACGAUGAAUUGCGUGAGUUGUUACGUGGAACCUCAAAAAAUAUCAAAUUUACCAAUAACGAUAUUGGACGUUUUCGACGAAUACGCGCUAUCGAACGUCGUCAGAGAGGAAAUGUACAAAUGUUAUCCAAACGCAAAACUGGCUCAUCUCAAGAGCGGUGGCAAUUUUCCAUACUUGAGUCGUUCCGCUGAAGUUAAUUUGCAUCUACAAAUUCACCUGCGGCAAUUCGAGGGCACAGAAUACGCAGCUUCAUCAAGAAAUCGUCCUGCAAGCAUGGAGCAAAAUACUUGAAACACCCGGACGAAAAAGCAGCUCGUAUAAAAAAAAAUAAUUGCGAGACUAAAAUUGAUAAACUGCCACGAAUUUGCAGCAAGAAAUUGUACAUAAAAAUGGUCGAUACAAAUUGCAACGUUCCUAAAAAAAAAACGACAAAAGAAUACUGAGCCCUCGUCGAUCGAGCUCAGGGUAUUCAACAGUAAAUAAAUAAACACAACAACAAUCGAAACCGUCGCCAAUCCAUGAAAUCUAAAGUGAUGAGAAAUAUUUGAGAUAGUAAUCAAAGUGUACGCUUUAAGAUUGCUUUACGGUUAAACUGCGAAAAAUAUUGAAAUUAUAAAUCGCACAUUAAUCGAGCCCAUGACAAUACGUACCAGUGUCGGAAAAACCAUUGAUCAACGCAGAUUUUUUAAUCACUCGUUUUAAAAGUUAUCAAUUCAUUUCUGAGCUUCGCUAUUUCCAGCCACAUUGUCCCAUUCAAAGGUGCAUUUUUCUUUUUAUACUCUUGAAAAAUAGAAGAAAUAUUAUACUGCGUAUCUCAUGCAUACUUUCUGGACAUCCGCUUUAGUUUACAUUGCCCCAUUCUGAUCACAAUGCUCACAAGUUUAUACCGCGAUUAUUGUUUAAUCAUACACACGGGAUACGUACUUCCCGUUAUUCAUAGUGUACAUAGCCAAUAUAUACAAAGAUUAUUAUAAUGUAACUAUAAAUAUAUAUUAUACGAAUGUUUUGUUACUCAAAUCGGCCUCUCGCGACGGUGAAAAUAAAUUUAAAUGUAUAUACUUUUGUAUCAAA